AGGGGGCAUCGCCCGCGGCCGCGCCGCCCGGGCCGCUGCAUGGAAGCGAGCUGGGUGCCGGCUGCCAUGGCUCUGGGGCUCUCCUCCAAAAAAGCUUCUUCCAGGAACAUCGCGGUGGAGAGGAAAAACCUCAUCACCGUCUGCAGGUUCUCGGUGAAGACGCUGCUGGAGAAGUACACGGCCGAUCCCAUCGACGACUCCUCCGAGGAGUUCGUCAACUUCGCCGCCAUCCUCGAGCAGAUCCUCAGCCACCGCUUCAAAGGCCCUGUCAGCUGGUUCAGCUCCGAUGGGCAGCGCGGGUUUUGGGAUUACAUCCGCCUGGCCUGCAGCAAGGUCCCCAACAACUGCGUCAGCAGCAUCGAGAACAUGGAGAACAUCAGCACCUCCAGGGCCAAGGGCCGGGCCUGGAUCCGCGUGGCGCUGAUGGAGAAGCGAAUGUCCGAGUACAUCUCCACGGCCCUGAGGGACACCCGGACCACCAGGAGGUUUUAUGAUGACGGGGCCAUCAUGCUGCGGGAGGAGUCCACGGUGCUCACGGGGAUGCUCAUCGGGCUCAGCGCCAUCGACUUCAGCUUCUGCCUGAAGGGAGAGGUGAUGGACGGUAAAACGCCCGUGGUCAUUGACUACACGCCCUACCUGAAGUUCACGCAGAGCUACGACUACCUGAGUGAGGAGGAGGAGCGGGGCAGCGUGGAGAGCAGCACAAGCGAGGACAGCUCACCUGAGCACCCCUACCUGCCACUGGUGACGGACGAGGACAGCUGGUACAACAAGUGGCGCAAGAUGGAGCAGAAAUUCCGCAUUGUUUAUGCCCAAAAGGGGUACCUGGAGGAGCUGGUGCGGCUGCGGGAGUCGCAGCUGAAGGACCUGGAGGCGGAGAACAAGCGGCUGAAGCUGCGGCUGGAGGAGGUGAUGGUGCAGAACCAGCUGGAGAAGAGGGAGCUGGAGGGCGUCAUCCUGGAGCUGCAGGAGCAGCUGACGGGGCUGAUCCCCUGCGAGAACCCGCAGCUGGCCCAGCUCUCCAAGGAGAUGGUGACACCCCUGGUCAACCAGUGGCCCUCCCUGGGGACCCUCAAUGGCAACGAGAGCAGCUCGGACAGCAAACUGUACAGAAGGCACAGCUUCGUGAGCACCGACCAGCUCUCGGCCGAGAACAGCCUCAGCUCCGACUCCCAGCGCCUGGGCGAGGGCAAGCGCGAAGGGGAGCCCUGGGGGCCCCUGGGGAAGGACCCCACGCCCUCCAUGCUGGGGCUCUGCGGCUCCCUGGCCUCCCUGCCCAGCUGCAAGUCCCUGGCCAGCCUCAAGUCCAACGAGUGCCUGGUGAGCGACAGCACGGAAGGCAGCCCGAGCCGCAGCCCCAGCUGAGACCGCCCGGCCCGGCCCUGGACUGAGCUCGGCUGCCCCAGCGGGGAGCCUGGGGACCGACAGCCCCCUCCCCACCUCGAGAGCCCCGCCCGGCCCCCAGGCUGGACCCCGCUGUCGCCCGGAGCCGUGGGGAGGGGGUGCAGG